CUAACUGUAUAUAUUUGGACACAAAUUAAAUUAUGCGUCAGUCACUCGGGUGGCGUGGAGUUUGAUGGUGUGUACAGAUAGUAGGAAACACAGGCCACUGUGAAUGCAUAAUGUUAUCGGAACAUUUUGAAUUCGCAAUGAUCCAGAAAUUAUAAUCAGGUAUUGUCAGUAUCUGCCUGGUCCGCCCCUGCGAUCUCCAGGAUUGCACUCAACAGAACGAAUAUGUGAUUGUAUGCUGUGCUGAUAGCGCGAGAACGCACAAUUUCACUCCUGGUCGGCAGGAUCGGAGGUUCACUGUCGAUGGAAUUCACAAAAUAUUAAUUUAUACAGAGUAUUUUACAUGUGAAUAAGGGAAUACUGUUGUCAAUGAUUGAAUUUUGAGUCCGGAGAAUUAAUUUUUAACCAAUGUGGAGCUUUACGGAAGUUUUAAGUUUCUAACGAGUUAUUUAAUUGGAUUGAUGUUUGCUAAUAGGCAGGUAGAGUUUCAUUGAAUUUUCCUAGAAGUCACCAGAGAUGUGAUGAAAUAUUUGAAUAUAAAUGUAUAUAUCAUUGAUAAAUUUCAAACAUUUUCAAAGCCUUGCAGGAUCUAAUACCUCUUUGAUAUUGGAGAACAAUUAUCACACAGCACAUUUGUCACGAACCACUUGGUUUAGUAUCAAGAGGGAAGUUAAUUUAUAAACAGAUCAUUCAUUAGUGCAAACAGAAUUGUUUAAUAGAUUUGUUACAGUAUUAAUUGCAUUCGGUUCUCGAAAACCGUUGUACGUGUCGAGAGCCGAAUUCCUCAAAAAAGAGAUAUGUUUGGAUCAAGUGGAGAUUAUAUGUGAUUAUCUACUUCGGAUUAAGACGACUGACAGUCUCUGAAGCUUACUUGAAUGCACGGUAUAAAUAUGCUACGAAGACAAAUGGAGGUAUGUUGAUAUCCUAAGUACUGUAUCAAGCGCCGAAGUAUUUUGGAAAGAUGUGAUUGACGCUCGCAAUUAUUAAACUGACACUGAGCGUCUAAGAAUGCAAUCUACGUGUAACCUCUUCAGAGGAAACUCAAACUAAUGGGCAGAUACGGAUUUUCCCGGGCUUUUCUUCAGGGGUCCACGUGCGUUUGUGGCCCUGGGAGAUGGGCUAUCCAGACAUGGGUCUUUGUCCUUGCUAUAUCGGUGCUGUUUUGCCAAGUAGCAGGAUUCCGUCGACGGAUAUCAGACAGAAGCCACGUGCCCCUAACCCCUGUGAUCCUGAAUACUACCGUUACAAAUUACACAUACUUGGCUGGGGAGACGGCAAUUCUGUACUGCGCUGUAGAGAACCUGGGGACCAAAACUGUGACCUGGAGAAGAGCCGUCCCUUCCCUUAUCCUGACGGUGGGCUUGUAUACUUAUUUUGGAGAUAGACGCUUUCAGACCCAUAACGUGCUUCACAAAGACCAAUGGAACCUACACAUACGGAAUGUCAGCUUGGAGGACGAAGGAAAGUAUGAGUGCCAGGUCAGCACGAAAGCUCGCGACAUUAGGAGGAAUUUUUACUUAUCUGUCAAAGAGCAGCUUUCCACUAUACACAUAUCCGGGAAGACUUAUGUGGAGAAGAACCAGAGACUAGUUCUCCUCUGUAACGCCUCCAGUGACUCCUACCCUCCAGACGACCUGGACUGGUUUAUGAAUGGACAGAAGAUUGUGUCCGAUAAAAGUGAAGGGAUUGCAAUUACGAAAAGUGUGACAUAUAGAAAUAAAACCAUUCGGAGUGAACUUGUAAUCAAUCAAGCGCGCAUGCGCCAUGGAGGAACUUAUGUUUGUCGUACCUCUGAUGAAUUGGUGACAAAUUUCAAAGUAAACGUACUAAAUGGAAAAGAGAAUGUUAAACGAGGUACAGUCAUAUCUGAUAAACGUAAAUUUGUUGGAGGUGACGGGAGACACGAAGAUGAGAAUAUUUCCAGUCACUUAUUCGGAUCCUGGACACUAUUGUCAUUUGGAAUCAUUCUUUGUGUUCAAACGUGAAAAGCUCUUCCUGUCAGCAGUCCGAUUUGGUUUUUAAAAGAUUGGGAAAGAUGACGGUUUGGCUUCGUUAGAAGUUGAAGAAGGGGGCGUAUUCAAACGUCCUCAGUGUUCAGUACUAUAAUACUUAAAGUGAGUACUAUAACACUAGAAGUGAGUACUUUACUACUUGAAGUGAUCGCGUUCUAUACUACUUGAAGUGAAAUCUUUUUCACUUUGUUCUGGUAUUCGAUGUUGGACACAUAGGGCACAUCGUGCAAUAUCAUGUACCUGAGACUUCUGAUUAUUAAUAAGAUUCAAUUCCUGACAAGAGAAGUCUUCUUUAUAUUAAACAUUUUCUGUCAAAUUUUAUGUCAUACAGUCAACGUCAUGAGUCAGUUAUACUCAUUAACAUUGACAUUUUUAAAAUCACCAAUAGCAUUGCCACAAUACUGAUGUACAGGUGAAGUAAUGGCAAAGUCGUAAAUCUCUGCUUUAUCGUAAUUAUUACAUUUAUUUAAGAUUUUGUUUUUGGGGACAAAUACACCCACGUGCACUUUUUUUCUCAAACUAUUACCUUAAAUAUCAUAUACUGAAGAACGCAAAAACGCUUUGAUAUCGUUGAUAACGAGAGAGAAAAAACCCACGCUCGUAGACCGUUGUAUAAAUCCAUGUUUUACUCCUGUGAAAGAGGGGGAAAUUAUGUUUUUUUGUCAUUUGACAAGCUUCGCUUUGAUAUAGAUAACCACGAAAAUAACUGCCUGGUAUUGGCAUAGUAACACUGUUAUGAAUUAUAAAGAAAGGUGAUAAUUACGGGUAAGACUUCGCCUGGUGUCACGUGAUUAAAGCGUCAGUGCCAAGUCGCACGUGGUUAAGACACCAGUUCAUCUCAUUUACAUACUAUAUUGUUUUUCUGUAUUGUUGGUUAUUUUGAUUGAAUGCUUAAAUAAAAAAAACAACUUUUUAUAUA